AUGUGAUAGCAUAGAGAAGCUGCAAGCCAAACUGGAAUACCUGCGAUCACUGCUCAAUGACGCUAUACAGUUUAAAAACAUAUAUAGAUAUGCAUUUGAUUUUGCGAGGGAUAAAGACCAGAGAAGUAUGGAUCUGGACACAGCAAAGGCAAUGCUGUCAUUAUUACUAGGUCGACAAUGGGUCCUCUACAGCUCUUUUCAUCAAUUUUUAGAACAAUCAAAGUAUAGAGUGAUAAACAAAGACCAGUGGUGCAACGUGCUCGAGUUCUCCCGGACAAUCCUUCCAGAUCUCUCGAACUACGACGUCGACGGUGCUUGGCCUGUACUACUAGACGAGUUUGUGGAGUGGCUAAAGUCGAAACGCCAACAGACAACGACAUUACCGCCACUGUAGUCGUGGCUUGAGCAGGAUGAUGCUAGACUCUUUUACUCGCGUGGACCCCCGCAUGUCGUCGCAAUCGGCAGCAGGCAGCUGGCUUCCGUAAUGCGGGUCGUUCGCCCUCUCACGUCUGCUGCGCAGUCGUGCGAGUCGGUGUGCGGCAGUCAUCUGAGUCAGUGCGCGGCAGUGGACGUCGCACCAGAAUCGAAGAAGACGCGGCGCGUUCGACGAUGAGACUAAACGGUAAACGCGUCACCGUUGCCACGGCGAUGCAUCCUCCCCGGGGUCGUGUGGGGAACACGACGCCACGGCAACCCAUGCACCACUUCCCCACCGAGGAGGAGGCGUGGCCUGUGGGUUCUUCGAGCGAGCACCACCGCCAAGUUGUCGUUAUCGCGCCGAUGGAUUCGGAUGGUGCGUCGACGAGAAGGGUGCUUUGUCUUGUGCACACAGAGGAUGCAGUGGUGUGUGCCUGCCUGCAUGUCAUCUGUCAUUGGCAUCAGCGUUGGACUGUCACGGCUAGAGUCGCCACUCCGUUGCUGCUAUGUCGAGCAUUGCCAUAAAGUCGGCACUGUUUGAGCUGCUGUGGAUGUCUUCCACCAGGUGGCGUGUGUCCACGAUUGUGCGCCCCCUGGUGGCUGGUGUGGAGAGGUGUGUUUGCGAAUGCAUUUUGCUGUACGGCUGUUGUCAAAGGUGUGGUGAGAGACAAGGUGCGCCACGUUCGGUCAUCCACUCUUAUGUACAGGUGACCGUCAUAUAGAAGUGCACAUGUAUGUAUAUAAUAUGUAUAUAUACAUACAGGGUGCGAAAUUAACGGGAGUCCGGAGUCAAAUACUCCAUGAUUUACUGUCGGACUCC